ACACACCCCACACACACACACACACAUACACUCGCCACACGUUUGCUCCAUUCAUUUGUUUGCACGAGCACCGGUCCAGAUGAGCUACUCGGUAGACGCGCUAGACAGUCCUUACCGGAGAGUGAUGGAGACGAGGCAGAGCUACAGCCGGAGUCCCGGCGGCUCCAGCGGAUACCGCACCCAGACGUGGUCGCGAGCCAGCCCGGUGUCCUACAAACGCUCCGUGAACGUGAUGAGCGUGCCGGUGUCGCGCACCUACAGCUCGGCGGUGAUGAGCAGCCCGGACAGCGGCGAUCUGAGCCCCGACUACGCGAACCGCAUCAACGAGAAGGAGCAGCUGCAGGACCUGAACGACCGCUUCGCCACCUACAUCGACAAGGUGCACUACCUCGAGGAGCAGAACCGGCGUCUCGAGGACGAGAUCCGCGCGCUGCGCCAGAAGCACGCGUCUCGCACGCAGCCCGAGGCGCAGCACGAGCGCGAGCUGCAGGAGCUGCGCGCCGCGCUCGAGGAGCUGCACGGCGAGAAGGCGCGCGCCCACAUGGACGCCGCGCGCAUCGAGGACGACAUCCACCGGCUGCGCGCCCGCCUCGACGACGAGGCCCGCGCGCGCGCCGACACCGAUGCGGUGACGCGCGCGAUCCAGAAGGACGCCGGCGACGCCGGCCUGGCCGCCGGCGAGCUCACCAAGAAGAUCCAGUGCCUGCAGGACGAGCUGGCGUUCGUCCGCGGCGACCACGAGCACGAGGUCAACGAGAUGCUCGCGCAGCUCCAGGCGGCCACCGCCGUGCACGAGAAGCGCGAGUGGCAGCAGAAGGCCGACAUCACCGAGUCCCUGCGCGAGAUCCGCUCCCAGCUCGAGGGCCACAGCUCGCGCAACCUGCAGCAGGUCGAGGACUGGUUCGUGUGCCGCUACACCAAACUCACCGAGGCCGCCGAGCAGAACAAGGACGCCAUCAAGUCCGCGCGGGACGAGAUCUCCGAUUACCGGAGGCAGCUGCAGGCCAAAACCGUGGAGCUGGAGGCAGCGCGCGGCACCAAAGAUUCCCUGGAGAGGCAGCUGACCGACAUCGAGGAGAGACACAACUCCGACCUGUCCAGCCUGCAGGAAACCAUCCAUCAGCUGGAUAACGAGCUGAAGAGCACCAAAUGGGAGAUGGCCCGGCACCUACGUGAAUACCAGGACCUCCUGAACGUCAAAAUGGCCUUAGACAUCGAGAUUGCCGCAUACAGGAAACUUCUUGAAGGUGAGGAGACCCACUUCAGCACCUACCCGUACCGCCAGACGGUCAGCAAAGGCCCCAAGGUCAAAGCAGAACCACCCAAGCUGAGGGUCCAGCACAAGUUUGUGGAGGAGAUCAUCGAGGAAACCCGAGUGGAAGCCGAUAAAUCCGAGUUGGACGAGGCCCUGGAAGAGAUGGUGGCUGAACUUGCCGAAAAGCAGGAGGACGAGGAAGAGGCCGAAGAAGAGGAAAAGGAGGCAGGCGAGGAGGAAGCAGAGGAAAAUGAAGGGGAGGAGGAGGUCGUUGCUUCAAGCCAAGCCAAGGUGAGCGCCAGUGCUCCUGGUGAUGAGGGUGAGGAGGAGGAAGAGAAAGAGGAAGCCGAGGAGGAGGAAGCAGGGGAAGAACAGGAGGAUGAAAAGGGUGAGGAUAAAGAAGAAGGAGAGGGGGAAGAGGAAGAAAAGGGAGAAGAUGCUGAGGAGGGUGAGGCAGAGGAGGAAGAGGAAGGUGAGGAAGAAGGAGAAGUCGAGGAAACCGUAUUAAGUUCCAAGGCUCCUGAAUCAAAGGCCUCACCAGAGAAGGAAAGGGCUGGAGAUGAGGGAAGUGAUAAAGAAGAGGAAGAAGGAGGAAAAGAAGAACAGGCUGAGCAGACAGAAGAAGCUGAAGCUGAGGAGACAGAAUCAGAGAAAAAAGAUGAGCCUGAGACUGAAGACACAAAGGGAAAAGAUGACAAGGAGGAGAAAGAGAAGACUGACACGGCAACCAAGGUUGAGUCACCUAAGGCUGAAUCUCCAAAGGUUGAAUCUCCAAAGGCGGAAUCACCAAAGGCUGAAUCUCCAAAGGCAGAGUCACCUAAAGAUGCGCCUACAAAGCCAGAGUCUCCAAAGGCUGAAUCUCCAAAGGCUGAAUCUCCAAAGCCCGAGUCACCUAAAGAUGCACCUACAAAGGCAGAGUCACCAAAGGCUGAAUCUCCAAAGCCCGAGUCAACAAAGGCAGAGUCUCCAAAGGCAGAAUCACCUAAAGAACCUUCAAAGGAAUCUCCAAAACCCCAGAGCCCUAAAGAGAUUCCCAAUACAGAAACCCCAAAGGUAGAGGAAGCGAAGAAGGACGCCCCAAAACCAGAAACUCCAAAGAAUGAAACUUCCAAGAACGUAGAGCCUACAGAGGAGCCUGAGAAGAGCAAGUCUGCCAAGACGGAAAAAACAGAAGCCGAAAAACCCAGCAAGGAGGAAAAGCCUGAAGAGAAGAAGCCGGAAAAGAAAGACGCCCCAGUGAAAGACGACUCUGACAAAGACAAGAAGGAGCCCGAGAAGAAAGACGUGAUCUCAAACGGCGUCGAUGAAAGCCCGACCAAGGACGACCACAGCCAGAAAGUGGUGAUCACCAAGACUGUGGAGACCAUCACUACUGGAGAGGACGGCGCCAAGCACGUGACCAAGUCCAUCACGGUCACCGAGUCGGUCAAGGCAGUGGAAGACUCUGUGGAGGAGACGCUGGUGACCAGCAAGAAGGUGGAGAAGGUGUCCACCCAAGUGGUGAAGCAGAUCACAGAAACCGAGUAAAGAAUCGCCUCGAACACCCUGCCGAGCGGAGAGGAGCCGAGGGGGACGAGCCAGGCCGAGCCGAUCCGAUCCGAGCUUACAUUACAAAGAAACCAUGAAGCUAGAUAACGACGUAUUUAAUUCCGUUAACCACUCGAGAUUUAAUCGAUAAAUAACUCUAGAGAGAAGCCAUACGACACAGCAAGCUACAAAUUCUAAAUGCAUGUUGAGUGACAGCUUUAAAUCGGUUUUGCUGCAGAUGCGGGCGGGGCUGUCGGGGU